CUCCCUUCAACGUUAACAUUUUUUCCCUUGUGAUUUUCAUUCGUGGUUACUAUAUGUGAUUUGAAAAAUAUGUUUUAAAGCACAGCCUCGACUAAAUAAUAGUAAGACAAAACAGUGUGUGCAAGUUGACAGAUCACGUGAUGCUGUUGAGGUAGGCCAUGAUGGACCUCCGCCUCUUGGGCAGGGGUCAAGGACGGAGCCCAGAUGUGGUCACCUUGACCCACUACAAGCUGUUCAAUUGCUGACGCUUGAAUAAUGAGAUUACUCUCCAACAGAAAGGUCUUCAGACUCUGUCUUCUCCUGGCUUGUGCCAUGGUCUGCAUGGCGGUGUACCUGGUCUCACAGUCCCGCGUGGAGGCGCCCGAUGUGUUGCAGAUCUACAACAACCACCUGCCGCAGAUCUACAACAACCACCUGCCGCAGGUCUACAACAGCCACCUGCCGCAGGUCUACAACAACCACCUGCCGCAGGUCUACAACAGCCACCUGCCGCAGGUCUACAACAGCCACCUGCCGCAGGUCUACAACAGCCACCUGCCGCAGGUCUACAACAGCCACCUGCCGCAGGUCUACAACAGCAACAGACAGGCUACAGUGACAGGUGCCCAGAGCGCGGCAAUCUUCCCACAAGCUCCCCCAGCCAAUCAACACGUCGCAGAGUUCAAUGCCACAGACCUAGGUGCUGUAAGCCGCUUCACACAUCUGAUGAGUCAACACAAAACGACUCCGUAUAACCACCCAAGCCCAAGAACUACAAAAACCCACCCUAAGGGGACCAAGAAGCCCAUCUUAAAGAAAACGCCAAAACCCCUGCUCUACCCUCCCCCUGUGAGAUCCCUACCACCACAACUUCCGGUCAGAUAUCUCGUCUAUCUCUGCGACUCAGAAAGCCUGUGUGGGGGGUGGGGGGACAGACAACGAGGGAUCGUCUCUGUCUACAUCCUGUCCCGCCUCAUCAACCGCCAGUUUCGCAUCGUCAUGCAGACGCCCUGCAACCUGUCCUUUUUCUACCGGCCCAACCAGGUCCCUUGGGAGCCGGCCGUGGGGGAGCUCGACGCUACCGACUCGACCACCUUCAACACCAUCGGGGUGGAUGCGGCUGUGAUCGACAUUGUCAACACCGAUCUGAUCACCCGGCUCAACCAAAAGGUCAUCUACAUCAAGGCCAACACGGACUUUUACGACAGGCUCAAACUCAACCCGCUCUUUGCCGGUGAGCUGAUCAAAUGGACCGGCAUUGCUGUUCGAAAACACCGCUUCCGGUGGGCGUGGCAGGAUUUAAUGCAACCCACGCCUCUACUCCUACGCCACCUCGAACACAUCCUGGGCUCUAAAUUCCUUUUUAAAAAAGGUCUAAAAGCCAACACCAGUUCUUUGACAAACUCUACUUAUGACGUAGGCGAUUCACCUUUGGUAUGCGGCCACGCUAGAAUGGGAAAAAAUCCCUCCAUUCCAAUGGACGAGUAUAAAGACGGCUUCAGGAUGACGGAUAUUCCCGUGCUGUUUAACUUCAUGCUGUCCAAAGACAAACAGAGCAACGCUUAUUUUUUUGUUGCCGCGGACUACGAGAAUAUCCGUGUCCAAUCGCGUCAGUUCUUCGGCCAGCGCCUCAUAGACUAUGGCGGGAAAAUCCUGCACAUUGAUCGUCAGCGGAAGGACCACACGGCGUGCGCAGGUUUUGAGUCGGCCAUUUUGGACCAGUUGAUUUUAAGCCUGUGUGACGUGCUAGUGAUAUGCAUGAGUGGUUUUAGUAAACACGCCUCCUACAUCAGCAACAGCACACAGCCCAUCUACAUGGUGCAUCAUGGGGAAAUUCUGCAAUACAAAGGAUAAACGGUUGCUUUUUUAAAUUUAUGUAUGUGAAUCAUUAACCUGCUCAAUGUUGAUUGAAUGUUUUUCUGUGGCGAAUUAUGUUUUAUGAAGUGUAAAGCAGUGAAUUAAAAUUGAGUGUAUCUAUGCCUCAUGUUUUUGAGAGGUGUUUAAAGAAUGCAGAAUGUAUUAUUAAGAUGUCCCUAAGCCCACCCAGCUCUAAUGGGUACCUGACUUACGUUGGUGAAAGUAAAGGCGGCUGGGCAUAGUGCUGACCACACUAUCCUUUCACAUGCCGACGUCAAGAAACAUCCUAACUCUACUUCAUCUGCCCAAUGAAUCGCUAGGUGUACAUAGGAAUCUUCACUACAAUUAAUGUCUAUGCCUGUCUCUACCAGACUGGGGUUAGUUGUGUUUUUAUACAGCCACCCUGGCAAGCCGCGUGGGGAGAAAAAUGUAUAAAAAUAAACAAGCCAGCCAUUGUGCGGUCUAAUUAUAGAUUUUCAGAUGAUGGAGAUCUAUUUCAACUUGUUUUAAAAUUUAAAACAUGAAACAAAUAUGCAUCCCUUAUUUGUAUUUUUUAAAAUGUCAACUUUAAAAAAAAAUUAAACGUAA